CACGUCAACAAAAAUAAAAAAAUCUUCGCUGCCUGACAGUUUGUUUGGCUUUGAUUUUGGUCGCAACGACAACCAACCAACCAAAGCACCAAACCAGCAGAAGGGUUUCGUCGUGUUGUGCGCCUGUGUAUCUUGUGCGUGUGUGUGUGUGUUUGAUUUGACCGACUUGGCUGGCAAAGAUGGCGUUUCGACGUCCCAUGGUCCACCGCGCGGACAUUGCCGAGAAGAUGGCGAGCCGCGAAGACGACUGGACAGCGGAACUUGGCUUCGAGUCCGAUGAGCUGGACGACGAUGACAAGUCCAGUGCGGAAGAGAGUGAGGACGACGAUGAUGACGACAAGGCCGGCGUGAACUUUGUUGAGUACCUCGCCCUGCAGCGCUCGCUCAAGGCCACGACCGAGAAGAAGACAGAGCUGCACAAAGCGCUGCAGCAGACGCGGGCAGACCUGAAGCGCACGCGGCGGCAGCUGGACCAGUCGGAGCAGCGCAACCGCAUGCAGCGUGCCAUCUUCGAGCAGGCACAUGCCAAGAAGCUGCUUGACAAGGACAAUCUGAUUGACAAUCUGAAGCUUUCGCUGGAGGACCUGCAGGCCGGCGCGCAGCAGACGGAGGGCCUUAUGAAGAUGGUUGGCCAGAUCACAGACCUCACAAACGAAAAGAAGGAGUACUUUGAGAAGGCCGAGCUGCUUGCUGCGGACCUGCAGCUGGCAAAGGAGGAGCUGUCUGCGCUGGAGAGCGAGCACGCCGAGCGCAUGGAGGAGAAGGAUGCCGAGAUCAAGGAUCUCCAGGACCAGUUUGACCCCGUCAAGGCUGCCAAGGCGAGCGGGGGUGCGGGCCCGAGUGCGCUGGACAAUGAGGAGAUUGAACAGUUGCGCAAGGAGGCGCAGGAGCUGCGCUCAAAGCUCAGGGACGCAGAGUUCCAGGCAAAGACGGGCAGUGCUGGGGUGAGCAGUGGAGAUGCCGCGAAAUUCAAAAGCGAGAUUGAAGCGCUGCAGCGGAAGAACGACGAACUGCGUGAGGACCUGCGCACAGCCAAGAGCCAGGCAGCAAAGCUCCAGGCACUCUCGAGCUCUGAUGCGGACAAGGAUCAGCGGCUGACGGAGGAGCUGCGCCAGCUGCAGGAGGAGCUCUCACAGGAGAGGACGAAGCUGCGUGAGGCUGUGCGGCGGGCGGACGCGACGGCAGAGGAGCUGACGACGGAGAAGGCGACGCACGAGCGCCUCAAGACGGAGUUCAGCGACCUCAAGGCCUCGCUCGACGCCCAGAAGGCCGCACUCGAGGCGAGCGGUGACUCUCAGAAGAGCGCGCAGGCGCAGCUGCAGUCGCUGUCGAGCGAGCUUGCGGCAGAGAAAUCGUCGCACAAGGCGGAGAAGGCCGCGCACGCCGACACGCGCACCGCUCUCGACACGGCCAAGAAGCAGCUGGCUGAGGUGAAGGACGAGAUCGACCGUCUGAAGAGCGAUUCUGAUGCACAGAUGCGCGCAGAACGCGACAAGUUCGCAGACACCCUCCAGAACGCCAAGGCUGCGCACGCGAGCGAGAUUGCCGAGCUGAAGCAGCGUGCAGAAGACGACAUGCGCGACCUGAAGGACAGGCUGGGCGAUGUUUCUAAACGCGUGCGGCCUAUGGCCGAGGCCAUUUCGUUCCUGGCGAAGAACUACAAGGCGCUGUCCAAGGAGGUGCGCGACCUGCAGGGCGAGAUUGAGCCCGCGGUGAAGCAGUGCAAGCGGGACCUCCUCCGCACGCUCGCCGACGUCGACAAGCAAUACAAGGAGAUGUUGCGCAAGUACCGCAAGGAGAUGGCGCUGCGCAAGAAGCUGCAUAACCAGCUCGUUGAUCUGCGCGGCAACAUCCGCGUCUUCGGCCGUGUCCGCCCCGUCAUCUCUGAGGAUGGCAAGGACGCGUCCAAGGUGAAGAUUGUCGUGCGCACGGACCAGACGGACGACCAGCUCAUCAAGGUCGACAGGAAGGGCAAGACGAGCACGUUUGAGCUUGACCACGUGUUUUCGCCGGAGAGCAAGCAGGAGGACGUGUUUGAGGCCGCAAAGGACGUCAUCGUCUCCUGCAUCGACGGCUUCAACGUGUGCAUCUUUGCGUAUGGCCAGACGGGCUCUGGCAAGACGUUCACGAUGGACGGGCCAGAUGCCAACCCCGGUCUCAACCGCCGCGCCCUCCAGCACCUCUUUGACGUGAUUGAGGACAAGAAGGGCGACUGGAGCUACGAGAUUGAGGUGUCUGUGCUUGAGAUUUACAACGAGACCAUUGUCGACCUCCUCGCUGAGAAGCGCAGCAAGAAGGGCCUUGAGGUUCGGCACGGCAAGGAGGGCCCCUAUGUUGAGGGCCUGUCCACGCACGUCGUGUCCAAUGCUGAGGAGGUGCGCCAGUACUUCCUGCAGGCGCAGAAGCUUCGCGCGACCAGCUCCACCGACAUGAACGAGCACUCGAGCCGCUCCCACGCCCUGCUCAUCGUCUUUGUCACGGGCACCAACCUCAGCACUGGCGUCACAACGCGCGGCAAGCUGAACCUGAUUGACCUUGCCGGGUCUGAGCGCGUGGCCAAGUCUGGUGCGCUGGACAACGCAGCACGCUUCAAGGAGGCGACGAACAUCAACAAGUCGCUGUCCUGCCUUGGCGAUGUCAUCCACGCCCUCGGGUCGAAGCAGAAGCACGUGCCGUACCGCAACUCCAAGCUCACCCACCUCCUCCAGGACUCUCUCGGCGGAUCUGCCAAGACGAUCAUGGUCGUGCAGGUUGCACCUGUCGUCAAGAACGUCGACGAGUCUGUGAACUCGCUCAACUUUGCGUCGCGCGUGCGGGCUGUUGAGCUUGGGCAGGCGAAGAAGAAGACGGAGUCUGCGGAGGUGGCCUCUCUCAAGAAGAAACUCAAGGAGCUCCAGUCAAGCUAAUCGUGGCAACCCACACAGAAACUGUGGGCCGUGGUGGUGGUAGUGGAACGUGGGUUGUGUGCGUGCAUGCAUCUCGGGCUGUGUGGAUUCGGUUGCUUCUUGCUUGUUGCUGUUUCGUCGACCACGCACAAAUGCAGUUGUCCGCGUGCCGUUCGUUCCUCUUGCUUGAGUGUGCUUGCUUCCUUCAUCAUAGCAUUUGCUUCGUGCGUGUGUGCGUGUGUGUGUGUGCUUUUGUCAUCAUUCCCCUACCUGUUGCUGCUUGUGCCUGUUGUUGUUCCCCUUUAUCAGUGAACGACAAAUGGAUGACGAA